CGUGUUCGCCUCGAGUGAGAGCGGCCUGAUCUCAGGCACACAAGAAUUGUUCCUGUGUUUUCUACUGAUAUAUUAUUCUUGGUGAGCUAAACUCAUGGACGAGAGGAACUGCUUACCAUGGGUAAUAAGGUAAAAGUCAUUCGAAAAGGGUGAUCAUGGCUAAGAAGGAAAGUGGAUUGUUUUGACAAAAUAGAAAAAUCAAAGCCGAUCAUAUAGUUUGUGAAAAGGGAAGUGAUAUAAAGCAUUAAAUCUUUAUAAGCAUGAGGAUUUUGGUGCUGCUGCUUAUGAACGUUAUGUACAGCACUAUAGCGUAGGGGGUGAACAAUUAGACUAUGAGUGAGAGAGUGGCAGUAACCUGCAUGGUCGUUGAGGACUCUAGGGAUAGUUCAGGGCGACAAGUAUAUAGUUUAACAGUGGGCAUGACAAUGCAGUAAGUGCAUUAUGCUGCCUCCUGUGUUAUCAAGACCAGCCUGUGCGACAGAAUGAAUACAAGAUGCCAACCUCAAUUGCAGUCGUAUUUGACAACCCAACAGCUGUGUACUUCUCUGGCCAGAACAUCACUGGUCAUAUAAAUGUGACAUGUGACAAACCCAAGUCAUGCAGAGGCAUUGAGGUGAAAUUCAAGGGCCUUGGAAAAGUACACUGGACAGAGCGGCGAACAACUGGUACGGGCGAUGACCGAAAGACGGAGACGCGACAUUACACUAGUCACGAGACCUAUUACGAAAUGGCCUACUGGGUCUGGGGAAAUGGUCAGGCUACAUCAGAGCUUCCCGCUGGUACACAUGUAUUCAAUUUCAAUUACACUCUUCCUGCCGAAAUUCCAUCCUCCUUUGAGUCGCACAUUGGCAAAGUGCGUCAUCAGUGUAAGGCGAAGAUGGACAUCCCCUGGAAGACUGACAAGACUUGCCUCAGGCCGUAUUCUGUCAACACUUUGUAUGAUCUUAAUACAGAUCCACAGGCAGCGUUGCCGAUAGAAUGCACCAAGCAUGAUUAUGCUUGCUGCCUGUGGUGUAGAAGUGGACCCAUGUCGCUUGUGCUGAGAAUUGAUCGCUCGGGAUUUGUUCCUGGAGAGAAAAUACUCAUAAAUGCCGAGUGUUCAAAUAUGACCAAAAAUAAGAUCAAUUCUACUAAGGCAGUGAUACACCAAACAAUAACUUACCAUGCAGAAGGAAGUCGCAAGAGAGAAAGUAGGAAAAUAGCGGAAAUCAAGAGACCUGAAAUUAAGCCAGGUGACGAUGAUAUUUGGUCCGGUGUCGAGAUGCUUAUCCCAUCUCUCCCGCCUUCCCACCUUCAGUUUUGUCGCAUCAUCGAUAUUGAAUAUGAAUUUAAGUUUGAAAUGGAUCCCUCAGGAUGUCACACAGACUUGGAAUACAAAUCGCCUGUUGUAAUUGGUUCUAUACCCUUGAGGCAGUACUUCAGUUCAUUUAUUACAGCACCUGUUAUGUAUCCAGGUCAACCAGUUGGUGUUCCAGGCCUGCCUCCUGCACCAGGUUUCAUUCCUGCUCCUGGACAGCCCCCAGUGCCUGGCAUUUGUCCUGCUCCUGGACCUGGUAUGUUUAAUAGCCAUCCAGGUGCUCCUGGAUAUCCAGGUCUACCUCCUCCUGGAUACCCAGCAAAUCCACCUGUUCCUGGAUUCCCGGGACAGCCUUCGUACAACCCAGUUGAGCCUGGAGCACCAGGAAUUGCGUUUGCAGGUGGCAUUUCGCCAGACACCAAUUAUUCUCCUUACAACCCCAAUUUCCCACCUUCAGUCUAUUCUGGAUCACUAGCUCCAUCAGCACCUGUAGCAUUCCCAGGACUUCUGCAGUACCCAGGAAUGCCCCUGCCAACUUACAACCAGUGUAUGUUUGGAGUCACGAGGUAUAAUGAGGGUGAUAGUGACGACGAGAACCAAGAUCACAAUGAUACCAAAUUUGCCCCUCAUUAUGUCUCCUACACACUAGUGAAUUCCAAGCACCAGCAGUCCUCAGGUAUUGAUGGCAUGGCAGCUGUCGGUGGACUAGCAGCUGUCGGUGGAAUGGCAGUUGUUGGUGGACUGGCUGGAGCAGCAGCUGCAGGUCAUGUACGUCGAGGUAGUGCAAGUAGCAGUUCAAGUAGUGAACACUGUACAGGAGUGGAUAAUGAGCCACUCAUCAUUCACCAUCACGACCAUCACUCUCAUUCGGGGUCGGACCACGAAUACCACAAUCCUGAUCAACGGCCACAAGCCAAACCUGGCAGCAGUAGCAGCAGCAGUAGCAGCAGCGAGGAUGGCUCUGAUCACGAGGCCGAACCAGAGCCCGAGGCCGAACCAGAGCCCGAGCCCGAGCCGGAACCAGAGCCCGAGCCCGAGCCGGAACCCGAGCCGGAACCAGAGCCCGAGCCUGAACCAGAGCCAGAGGCAGAUUGCAGCUCCAGCAGCAGUAGCGAAGGUGGCUCAGAGCCCGAUGAUGAUUGUGGUGGAGGUGGUGAUGAGUAAUAUAAUGAUGAUAAUUUGUUGUGUGAAGGUCUGCAUGGGUUAGUGUAUAUUUAGAAGUAGGAUUCAUAAUAAUCAAAAAUGUACAGUACAGUAUUAAUGUUUAAUGAUGUUUUUUCCAUGAAUGAGAAUGAACGUUUGUUAUAAGAAGAUACAGUAGGGCAUGGUGGCAUGUUAUUACUCAUGCACUGGAUAUAACUGCCUUAUCUAAAAAAAAAAAAUGUGUAUUAUUGAUGAAAAUGUACUUCACAAAUGCUUUAGUUUUUACCACUAAAGAAGUUUUAAAAAGGGUUGGCUAAUAAUAAAGGUACGUAUAUGUAUUCUCAUUUAGGUUCGUUUAUCAUAAAAAUAGUACGAGUAAACAGUACAGUAUUUAUGUUUAAAAAAGUAAAGUUUUUGCAAGAUAUCAAAAUGGUAGACAUUUUGAAUAUUUCCAGUUAGAUGUAGGUAACUUAUCAGGUUAGCUGUAGUUGAUGCAAUGUGGGGUAGAUGUUGUGUUAAAGUAUACAUGUUAUUGGUUUCUUAAGAGUUGUGAUGUGAGGUUUGUAAAGUAAACUCCAUUUGUAAAGUACAUUUUUAGCAAGAAUACUGUAAUAUAGUAUGUACAUAUAAGGUACCACUGAAUGUUGUCAUUUUUUACAAAUAAGUUUUGAUCAGAAAUAUGUUUCAAGUCAUUUGGAUAUUUUGUUUGCAAAAUUAUAUGUAAAUGUAUCUGUAAAAGUUAGCUCUCUAAUACUCUGAUGCCUUGUAUCCCGAUGAGCACCUAGCCGAGGGCGGGCCAUAGCAUAGAACAAUCCCAGCUGAACACGUCCUAUCCAGUUAUAACCUCGUGGGAUUGUUUCUGUGGUCUUCAAGUUACUCUUUAUAAUGUGUAGAAAUGAGAGUAAACCUCCCCUUACACUUCACUUAAUAUACCGUUGUUUGUGUCGACGUGCUUUGCUGCUAUACCCCUCGUAUCGUUGGUCUUUUGUGUCACCCGAUAUCUUGCACACUGAGUUCUGUGUGAAAAAUGCGUUAUAAAUUUUGUAAACAAGUUGUUUGAGGAGUGUGAAUUGUAGUUGUGAAUACAUGCUGAUAUUUGGUUAUGAUGAGCCAGGAAGAGUAGGAAUAUUUGUAUGGCAGUCAACUCUCAUUAUACAGGAAAAUGACUAGACCGAAUUUGGCUGGAAUUGAAGUACUGUAAUGUAUGUUAAAUGGUCAAAUGUGUUAAUUUGUAUGUGUGAGUUACAAAUUGUAAGAAGAGAAAAUGGUUGCGAGUGAAUAGUGACGGUACGCAAAUGUGGCGAGUGAACGGGAACACAAAGACGUAGAGUUUGUACACGAGGUUAUCUAGAGAUGAUUUUGGGGCUUUAGUGUCCCCGCGGCCCGGUCCUCGACCAGGCCUCCACCCCCAGGAAGCAGCCCGUGACAGCUGAAUAACACCCAGGUAUCUAUUUUACUGCUAGGUAACAGGGGUAUAGGGGGAAAGAAACUCUGCCCAUUGUUUCUCGCCGGCACCUGGGAUCGAACCCGGGACCACAGAAUCACAAGUCCAGCGUGCUGUCCGCUCGGCCGAUCGGCUCCCCACAUACGAGGCGACCACAUACUACACACGCUUGGUGUGUCAGCAAGUAAUAAGGUUAAUUGUUGAAAAAAUGACUAAUUGGUUACAAUUGCAGAAAGGCGAGUUGAAAUAAUGAUACGGUGUGUGAUAACAAUGAUGGGCAGUACAGUAGUGGGUGUUUGGUAGGGUUCCCAGUUUCUAUGCUGUCUCCCUGGAAACACAAACCAAAACUGUCUUUAUUUUCCGCUCGUUACAACUUGUAAUAAAGUCGUUACAUCUUGGCUUAACAUGUUUAUGACGUAUUAGAACGUUGUUACAACUUGCUAUAUUGGUCGUUAUAACUGGUUAGGAGGUGUUAAAACUUGUUCGACCAUUGUACCAACGUCGUAGUUUCGGUGUGUGUUUUGCGGGCUGUGUUUGAUUGAGUUUAUAAUAUGGCAGUAUGACAAAUGAAAAGAAAUCAUGUGAAAAUCAGUAUUAGUCAAAGGGAAUUAAUGUGGUGUAGUGCGUUAAAACAGAGGGUGUGGCAAGGGUUGACGAGAAGAUGACACGGCAGUGUGGUGUAAUGUUGGCAUGCCGACUCAUUAUUUGUUCUCCCCUUUCUGGAAUAAGAAUAUAUAGAAUAAAUGAAUAGCUUUAUGUAAGUGUGUGUUAACAUAUCUGCAGCAUGAUUGUGUAAAAGAUUAACUGAUACUGUACUUUAAAAUUGUGUUUAGUUGAUAUAUAUUUGAUAUUGAAGUACAGUAAUAUGUUCAAAUUGACAUAGUGGAUAAGAAAUGUUUUGAGGUAUGAAUGUUAAAGUGUGGCAAAAAUGUGUUUAUUAUAAUAAUAUAGUGAUGUGGGGACAGGCAGCAAGUGAUUUAUAGAUGCUAAUCUUACAUCGAGGUCGGGCCAAAAGUUGCUUUAUUGACCUCCCCAGGAUGCAAGUGCAUGAUAAAGUGACAAACUGUUGGGUAGCUAUUUACUGGUAGGUGAAGAGGGCAUUAGGUGAUAUGCAAUGUGGGCAAGCAAUUGUGUCCCGGUUGGGAUUGAAAAUAAGAAAUUUCCAGUGCAAGUCAAGUAUGAAGCCGACUGUAUGCCUGCGACCAUAAUAAAUAUAUCUGUACGAGCUCCGUUAUUCGAAGGGGAUGUUUGUGUGAUGCGGGCAAAAUCACAUCGAGAUGUGUUUGUGGGCAAAGUUGUGCAUAUCCGGACCGAAACGCUGAAAAUGAGAUAUUUGUGUGCAUGACGCAGAUUAGCAUCAGGCUGUACUGUAUUAACUGUGUCCAGCAGUAAAUUGAAGCACAGAGUAUGGGAGGGACCAUCUGGGGAUAAGAGGGUUACUGAGUAUUUUACGUAUAUUGAAAAAUUAGAUUACUUGUACAGUAAUAUUUUAUACAAGUUACAAAAUAUUAUAAUAGAUAAGUGAUACAAGUAUAGUAUGUUAAAAAGUAAGUGUAGAGGCUGAAGACUGUAGUUUGCAGCUAAAAUGUGGGUAUUUUUGUUGUGGCUGGCAGCCUAUGUACGUUGCCUGUCCCAAGUGGAGCCGUCCAAACUAAACAAGGCCUGUGCUCUCUACCCUCGCGUUAUACUAUAGUAACGCACUAUUAGUGGAAAAAAUAAUUAUAAGUUUUCAUAGUAAGUUUGAUAGGAUUAUGUGUGGUAGCCGUGGCAAUUAUCAUGCAGGUUUUAAGAGAAGGAAGGCUGUGGUAACAAUAAAUGGUGAGUUGCGUGACAUUGAACUGGGAGAAAAUAGGCGAUUGGCUGUGAGUGUGAAAGGAUUUAAGUAUAGGCACUAGCAGCGUGUGCGACAUACGAAUAAAUUAAGGUGUAUGCAUGAAAUACACGGCAACCUGUGAAGGGUGGAAGGAGAGGUGUUGUGACAUUGUGGUACAUAAACAAGAAAUGGACUAGGAAUUCAGAAUUUGCAGGCAAAUAUUGUUGGUGAAAGAGUGUAGUGUAGAUACAAAUAAUGUUGAAGUAUUUAAUCAUUAAAUGAUAUAGACAUGAAGAAAAGUAUAAUGGUGAUGAAAGUGAAUUGCAUAGGAGGAGUUUGAGUAGAAAAACUGUAUCUGUGAGAGUAAUGUGGGAGUGCAUAAGGUUACCAAGGAGAGGGUGUGACAAUGGUGACAGGACACAUGCAAGCAUGUGCAAUUGUUGGGCAACCUAAGAAGUGUAAAGGGUUGCAAGCUUGUUCAAGUAAUGUGCUUGUUAAAUGUUGUUGAUGGUGAAAGCGUGUUCCUGUGUAAACAUGCUUUUCAGUUGGUUUCAUGACGUGUAUUACAUAGAAGUUCAUUUGAUCCUCUGGAUCAAAUGAUGUGAAUCCUCAGGAAUUGAUGCUCAGGAUUACUGAAGUGAAAGAUAGUCUUGGCUUGCUCGAUAAUGUACCUGGUGAGCCCUGAAUUGAGACGUUUAGUUCACGUGCUCAUAAUAUUACAUCUAUAAUCCAGCCUAUGGAUUGUGGAGUUGUGUGUGCCAUGAAGAGGUUGAAAGAAAGAAGUGUUGAAUGAUGUUUUAGGUUGUAAGGAAUUUGAGGGUUAAAAGAAAACCUUGAAGAUGUAUUACACGAAGGAUGUAAAGUAUAGCAAUGUAAUGUGAAGACUUUCUGGAAGCAACAUGUGACAUACUUAAUACCUAAGAUAUGGAAUUGGAUGGAUUUACAGAAGAAAACCAAGGGAUGUUGAAAUACAGGAUGUGGAGAAUAGGAUGAAGUUUGGAAAUGAAGCUGAGAUAGAAGGCAAUACAGUAUUGUAAAAUCAAGAGGUUACAUAAGUGUAAAAUGAGUAAAAAUAAAGAAUUGCCAAUUAUGGACUGAGGGUAAGUAAAGAAGUGGAUGAUAAGUGUUCAAAUACACAAACGGUAAGGAUGUCAAUAGGUACACAUUUGAAGAUUGAAAUUAAUAUUGAUUAUUAAUGUUGAUUAAUAAAGAUUGAAUAAUAUGAAUGUAGGGAUAAAUAUGUUUAGAUACUAUUAUGGUUGAGUUACCCAAAGUACUACAUCAUUAAAUAAUUGAAGUUUGUACUAUUCACGUAUGUGUUUCCAGAGUGUAUACGUGAGUAGUAAAAACACGUAUGUAAUGGUUUAGUACAUACAUGUAUUUUAUUCGAUGUGGGGGAUUGUACAUGUUGUUAGAUAUGAGGAAUGUGAAUACCAAUAUGAUAACAGUGAACGUUGGUGACAUGAAAUGCAUGAAAAAGACCAGUAGCCCCCAUGUGAAAUACAGUAGGUAAGAAUGUGGGUAAUUGUAUGACAUGCACGUUGUGAGUGAUACAAGUUGGAUGGACCAAAAUAAAGUGGUAAUUGUUAAA